UGCUUUGUCACAUUUUCGUCACGUGUCUGUUUCAAGAUGGGUUUGUUAGUAAUGUCGUUGUUUCUUUGGGGUUUUCUUUAUUUAUGUUUGGCAUUUGAAACUAAUGAGAUAACGUCAAUCAACGCACCACCCAUAGUAUUAUGGCAUGGCAUGGGCGAUAGCUGUUGCAAUCCUCUCAGCAUGGGUGAAGUUAAAGGAUUUUUAGAGAAAAAUAUCCCUAACGUUUAUGUUUACUCCAUAAAAAUUGGUGAAAAUAUGUUCCAAGAUAUAGAAAAUUCUUUCUUUUUAAACGUCAACAAGCAAAUUGAAGAAGUUUGUGAACAGUUGAAGAAAGAUCCUCAGUUGAAGAAUGGUUAUAAUGCUAUUGGCUUCUCUCAAGGAGGACAGUUCUUAAGAGGUUUGGUGCAACGUUGCCCUCAACCGCAGAUGCUUAACUUAAUUAGUUUUGGUGGACAGCACCAAGGAGUUUACGGCCUUCCGCAUUGCCCGGGAGAAAAUGUUACCAUUUGCAACUUGGUUAGAGAAUUACUUAAUUACGGAGCCUAUACAAACUGGUUGCAAAGCUUCUUAGUUCAGGCCGAAUACUGGCACGAUCCUUUAAACGAGGAGGAGUACAGAGAGAAGAGUGUCUUCUUGGCUGAUAUAAAUAAUGAAAAAAAUAAAAAUCAAACUUAUAAAGAGAAUCUUAUGAAAUUAAAGAAUUUUGUGAUGAUUAGAUUUUCUGAGGACACUAUGGUAGAUCCACCAAUUUCUGAAUGGUUUGGAUUUUAUGAUGAAGGACAAGCCAAGAAAGUUCAUACUCUUCAGGAGAGUAAGUUAUAUAGUGAAGAUUGGCUGGGAUUAAAACAGAUGGACAAACAAGGCAAAUUACACUUUCUAGAAGCUAUUGGAGAUCAUUUGCAGAUAGACAUGAACUGGUUUCUUGAGAAAAUUAUCAAACCCUUUCUAAUGUAGAAAAAUUCUAAUCUGUGAUCGACAGUUUCUAAUUAUUUUCUCAGAUUAUUGUGUGAAAAAAUUUGGCACAAAUUUAAAAAUGAAGCAGUGAAAAUUUUGUUCCAAAUUAUUUUGAAAGUUGGCAGUUUCGUUUCUAUAUAUAUUUUUUCUAGUCUUUUUAUAUGUAAUGCAGAAAUAUUUUCUAUAGUCAUGCAUCUACAUUUAAAUAGAUUUUCAUAUUAUUUUGGAUGUUGAGAAAAUAUGAAAUUCUUUAAAUUUCAAUUCUAAAUGACAUUCUACUUUAGAAAAAUAGCUCAAGUGUAAAUUCAGCUUCAAUUGCUUUUUCUUGGGGUGAGAACUUUAGAAAAUUUGGUUUCUUUUAGGCUGCAUGUCUGUUGUCAUGAGUCAACAAAAAAAUAUAAAAAUCAAGAUAUGACUCCAAAUUAUUACAAAUAGGGUCUUAUGACUAAAUGAAUGUAAAUUAAUUUUUCCUGGUAUAGAAUAUUGUAAGUUAAUGAUAAUUUAGAACUUUUAUUAAUUCUCUGUAGGCCUUUUCUGCUAAUGAGUUAUAAACUUGUCAUCAGAAGCACUUCACACUUGUCAUUAGAAAUUUGAGAAAAAGUUGACUCAAAAAUUGAACUCUUAAAUCUCAAAAAGUCAUUUGAAGUUUAAAGUAAUAAAAUGUAUUUAAUAAUUUUUUCAUUAUCUGGUUUUCAUUAAACUGUUUUGUUUGGAAAUUGUAAAAUCUAAUCUCUUGCUUAUCAAUUAUUUGUUGGAACAUUUAAACUUAACAUCAUAUUUUGACAUUAUUUUCUAUGUCUAAAUCGAAUUCUGUUUUGUAUCAUUUAUUCUGAUAUAUUUCUGUACUAAAGACCUGUUAAUUUAUAAUAAUGUUGUUCUUGUUAUUAAGAGAGUAACAAAUAAAAAAUAUUUUAUUUGAUAAUGUUAAAUGUAUAGAGCUUUCACUGUAAAUUUAAUUACUUGAAUAGAUUAACGCACCCUAUUGUGAAGAUGCUGCUUAUCAUCUAAUUGUUUUUAUGGACAGAAUCAACAAAAGAUGUUUGAAGUUUUUCAAUUUUCUCUACAUUUUUAUAUCUUGACAUACUGAAUAUUAUUUUCCAAAAUUCUGAUGAUAAAGUACAUACUACUACUUCAAAUAUCAUAUUCAAACUUUUCUUGAUUGCCAAGAGAGGAAGUCUAGCCAAAAAACUUUGUCAUUUUCUUCAGAAUACUUAAGAUGUAUAAUUUCUUUGGAUUGCUGUUGGUAAGAUGUCAGCCUUUCAUUGUGGGAAUAUAGGUUCAAAUAUAGUCUGGAUAUCCAUAAUUUUUCACAGGUAUGGGUCAACAUAUCAUUCCUUGUUUAUCAUAUGCUGGCUAGGUCCACUCACAACAUAUGUAGUUGUGACUGAUACAAGGCACCAGCAUGUCUAAAAUUUUCAGCCAUAUCAUGUUAACUUUAUGUAGUAGUAGUCAUUUAAUAUCUAUAUUGCUAAGGACAGUUUUUAAGUAAAUAGACAAAAGGGCUACAAAAAUUAUUACAGAAAACCUGUCUAAAAGGAAAAAAUUUUUUCAGAAUGGAGUGAUUUUCUGCAUUAAAUAUUAUAAAGCCAGAAAAACCUGUCCAAUGAAGAACAAUGGGUUUUUAAGUAUGAAGAAUAUAACUUAAUCGAGAUAAAAUGGUAAAUUAAGAUUCCACUAAAAAAAAAAAUAAGUAAAACUGCUUUGUCAUCACAGAGCAUGACAUACUAUAUUCCAAGAAUAAUUUCAAACUUUAUCAGAGAAAAAAGGUCUUGAGAAUGAGUUCUGAAGAACAAGCAAUGAAUGCAAUUCAUGAAACAACAAGAAUAAGAUUACAGUACUGCCAAUUUGCCUUGUAUGGAGUAGUUAGUAACUCAAGUCAGACUCGAGCGUGGUGCAGAA